CACAGCACGGGCAGCACGCAUCGGAUUCAUUACAACAGUACCGGUACAGCAUCGAGACGAGCACACGCAAAACCAUCGAUUCGGUUGUCACUCGACAAGAGCUCAGAAUUCAAACAAAGCUUCGUCGAAGACAGCAGUGCCAGGCAGAACACCAUAGAACAAUAUCCAUUUGCUCUUUGCCAUAGAAACGAGAGCUUUUCUUCCAGCAACUCUACACCACAGGGAUCGGCUGACGAAACGGAAUCGAAUCGAAUCGAAUCGAAUCGAAUCGAACAACGAACGCAAUGUCCUUUCAAGACGUCGGGAGGAAAUCCUCCAACCGCAAGGUUGUGAACGCGAGGAUGGGCGCAGCAUCGUCUUCUGCCUACAACAACAGUAACAGCAACAGUAGCACCAGCAACAACAGCUCGUCCGUCUUUGGGUCCAUGUCUGCCCUCUCGGCGUCUACCGCCACCUCCCAGAUCUCCGAUUCCCUCACCCAAUACCACGUACGUACCGCACGAGGCAAUGCCUGUGUUUCAAACCCUGUGGUCGCUGUUUCACGGCGUGCUGUAACAGUAACGGCACAAUAUUCUCUGUCGAGACCCGUUCGAAGAGAACGGAACGGAACGGAACGAAACGAAACGAAACGAAACGAAACGAAACGAAACAUUGAUGUGACCCAAGGUUGCGUUUGCUCUGUAUCGUUUUUGUUUUGCGAUCCAAUGAAAAACGUUCAAUCCUAUGGAAAAACGUGCCACUCGAUUCAUCGUGUCGGACUCGGAAAUCAAAAUCGAUUUUCAAAGCAGCGUUGAGCAGAUUAUGAAUUCGAAAGUUGGCGAAUCGAAUCAAUCCAGGGAGAACAGGCAAAGGGUUGUUGCAGGCUUUGUUUCUUCGUUCGUCUCUUCUCUUUUUUCCUAGAGCGUGUGUGCUCACCAAACAACUUUCUUUUCUGUCCUUGUGACUUUUUCUCUUGCUGGAUUUGCUGGCUCGUUUUCCGUAACGAUUGUGGUUUCGCUUUCUUGUUCCCGCUUUCGACACGACACACGACACGACACACGACACGACACACGACACGACACGACGCAACAGCGAAACGUGGGGAUCCUGGAAAAGAUUGCGCGGUCGUUGCUGUCUUGCCAGACGAACCAAACGUCUACCCUCCAGCGGGACGAGCUCGAGCUCCAGUACAAGGCACAGACGGAUGUCCUGAGGCAGCUCGAAUCGCGUCUGAAGGAACAGAUCCUGGCGCAGCGCCAGCGGUUGUCCUCGCAGUCGCAGACCAGCUCGCAAAAGCAGGCCCUGGCCAAGCUGGAACGAGAUUUCGAGCGCGUCCAGUCGUCGGUCGUGGCCCUCAGGGCCAGGGUGACAAAGCAGCAGAAGCAAUACCAGCAGCGUGGAUACAACGGGGGUGGUGCCGGAAGCAACGCGGCCCCCGGGUCGGAGUACUCCAACAACGCCGCCAAGACGGCCCUCGAGCAGCAGCAGCUCCUGGUCCAGCAGGACCGCCUCCAGGAAGAAAUCAUGCGGGAGAGGGAGGAGGAAAUCCGAAAGAUCAACAAGGGGAUGCACCAGGUCAACCAGAUCUACAAGGACCUGGCGCACAUUGUCGGAGAACAGCAAGAGCACGUGGACCAGAUCGAGGACAAGAUGGAGGAGUCGAAGACGGCCGCGCAGUCCGGUCUGGACCAGAUCCACAAGGCAAACGAGAGCUACGGAACGAACGCAAACUGCAGCAUUAUGUAAGCGAUGCAAGGGCAUUGCAAAGCCCCGGCGCGGUCCGGAGUUUGAGGGUCUGUG